AUGACGGUGCAGAACGCGUACUACAUCUCGGCGCCGAGGAGGCCCGUGAGACACUUCCACCUGACGACCGAGCUGGAGCCCGAGUUUGGGUGGGGCGUGCAUACGGUGCGGCUCAACUCGGACCCGCGGGCGCAGCGGUUCGAGUACGCGGCGUCCGACGAUCAGAUCGAGGCGCUGCCCGCGUUCGUGAUGGAGAAAGGGGAGACGCGGUCCGUGCAGCGGAUCUUUGCGGACAUGGGCGUGCCCGAGCACGAGAAGAUGGCGGCGGCCGAGGAGGAUGGGGACGGGGCGGCGGACGGGUUGACCGAGUGCGCGAUUUGCCUGUCCGACUUUGAGGCCGGGGACGAGAUCACGCUGCUCCCGUGCGGGCACUUUUUUCACCUGACCGGGUGCGUGAGGGAAUGGCUCAGAGAUCACGCGCGCACCUGCCCGACGUGCAGGGCGGACAUUUGUAAUAGGAGUACGGGCAGCUCGGACGGGCUCGGAUCGCACUCGGCGACCGUGGCCACGAGCGAGGAGAUCUCGUGAAUAUAGAGGAGGCGGAGGGGCGGUUUAUGCAAUACGUAUACAGGUAGUAGAGCAGUCAGCAGAUGUGAGCAGAGGGACUUGUAACAAAACUCGUUAACGCCUA